AUUUUCUUAAUCAUUCGCCAUUCGACCACUUGUCAAUGUUGUCAAUAGUGCGGCGAGUGAGUGUGCGGAAAAUUUGUGAUUAAAUUCUUAUUUUAAUUAAACAAGUAACUUAUUGCAUUUAUUUUAAAACAUUCGAGGUUAUUUGUAAGGAUUUAAUCAUUCCUAUAUAGGUGUCAGUCAACAAAAUGCUACAAUCUAUUUGUCGAAAUGUCUUUUCUCGGGUGUCGAGGACGAUGUCGUAUGCCACUCGUACCAGUCAGGAAGAGGUCGUUAAACCGAAAACAGCUAUAGUCAUGUUGAAUAUGGGCGGUCCUACCAAUAUAGACCAGGUAGGAGAUUACCUAUUCAGAAUCAUGACGGAUCGUGACAUGAUACAGUUGCCUGUUCAGAGUAAACUAGGACCCUGGAUAGCGUCCAGACGUACUGAGGAUGUGCAAAAGAAAUAUAUGGAGAUUGGAGGCGGAUCCCCUAUACUGAAGUGGACUAAUAGCCAGGGGAGCCUUUUAGCCGAGGCUUUGGACAAAUUACACCCAGAGACGGCUCCACACAAGCAUUACGUGUGCUUCAGAUAUGUCCCACCGUUCACCAACGACGCUUUCACUGCUAUUGAGAAGGACGGCGUGGAAAGAGCUGUGAUAUUUUCCCAGUACCCACAAUACAGUUGUGCCACAACGGGGUCUAGUUUGAAUGCCAUCGCAGACUUUUACAAGAACAGGAGUAUACCGAAAAACAUAAAAUUCAGUCUAAUAGAAAGAUGGGCCACGCACCCGCUACUAGCCAAAGUAUUCGCAGAGCGAAUCAAGGAGAAACUAGAUGUAUUCGAUCCUGAAGUCAGAGACGAUGUUGUUAUAUUGUUCACGGCGCAUAGUCUGCCGUUAAAGGCGGUAUCUCGUGGCGAUACAUACCCCCAUGAGGUAGCGGCGACGGUAGCCAACACGAUGUUACAAUUAAAUGUGAAGAAUCCAUACCGUCUGGUCUGGCAGUCAAAAGUUGGUCCGUUGCCAUGGUUACAACCGUAUACGGAUGAUGCUAUUAAGGCGUAUGCGAAACAAGGACGCAAGAAUCUACUGUUGGUGCCCAUAGCGUUCGUUAAUGAACAUAUAGAAACGUUGCACGAGUUAGAUAUUGAAUACUGCCACGAUAUUGCUAAAGAGGCUGGUAUUACACGCAUAGAGAGGGCGGCAACACCGAAUGCUCAUCCCACUUUCAUAUCGGCGUUAGCUGAUAUUGUAGUGCAACAUUUAGCCGGCCAAGAAAAAGUAUCCAAACAAUUUUUAACAAGAUGCCCACACUGUGUAAGCGAAAGGUGUCACAAAUCAAAGGAAUUCUUCAAAGAACUAUGUGCAGGAGAUGUUGCCAUAGAUACAAAUAAUAUUAAAAGCCAAGAGUCCCAGCUAAAUGUCAAAUAA